UCCCCGGAAUAUCCUCAACCCAUACCACCUCGCUCCACUUCGCUCCCCCGUCCGCUCACGAAAAUCCAUCUUCCGCGUCCUGGAUAAAUACCCCGAGCCCGCCCCCCCUCGCCACUGCCUCUUUUUCUGAACAGUUAGCCAGACCAGCAAGACCAGCCAGACCCAGCCAGACCCAGCCAGCCGAUAACCCGAUCCCGCACAGACAUAUCCACCCAGUCAAAGCUCCCACUUACCCAUCCCGCCAGACCAACAAUUGCCAUCUCACCCGAACACAUCCUAGCCCGAGUCUGCCACUGAAAGCUCGGAUUCACCUGCCCUGCAUAACCACCUGAGACACCACCCCCCCUCCCCCCAGCCCUGCUGCUUCAACUCAUAAGCCUCCCGCCCACCAUGUCCAACGCAAUGAAAAAGCUCAAGCUCCUCCACCACCUGACGGCUGCUUCAGCCUCGCACCCUCCCACUCACUCACCUGCCGCUGCUCAGCCCACCCCCCAACAACAACACCACCAGCAACAGCAGUUCCCAACACCACCCGCCUCACCCGUGUCUCCCCAGGCCACUCCCACGAGACACCAAUACAAUCCGCACGCACACUAUACAGAUGUUCUGCGGUCGGCACGCGCAGCACUACACACUCUACACGCCUCGCAACCUUCCUACACAAACACAACACAUCCCCCUCCACCUCCUCCCAGCCACAACAUCAACACCAACAACAUGGGCCGACAGACUACACAGUGCCUGCUUCCAGGCGGAUUCAUGAUCCUGACACCCGCUUCUUCCUACGACAACACUCCCGGCCUCUGCGUACCCGCGAGCCCACCGCCCACCAGCAUGGCCAUCAACCACAACCAUCACGGCUCGCCGAUGCAGAACUCCUCCGUACCGAGGGGAAACACCACCAUCUACUCUUCACGACCACCACCUGCCGCCUCGCCAUCGCCGAAGCCGAGCUCGUCCUACCAACACCUGCGGGAACAGUCGAGGUCUCGCUCCAAGCCUCCCGCUAGGCCACGCCAGAAGCUCACCAAGGAGGCCGUCUCCAAGGUCAGCGGGGACUCGCGGGAAGCACGGUGGGAACGGGUCUUGGGCUACCUUCGUGAGCAGAGGGCCAACACUCUUCCCGCUGCUGCUGCUGCUGCCGCUUCCCCCGCCUCCGCCGGCACAUGGUCCAACUACGGUUCUCCCUCGGGGACCCCACCGUCGAAGAAGACCAUCGAUCGCAAACGCCGCGCCGAGCAGAUCGCACUCAUCGACGCGCGAAACCGCGUGCUCGAUACCAUCGACCUGCAGGAACAGGAGCUACGAUCCUGCUGGUCCGGCGGUUCCGGCGGCACCAACGGUGUCGACGAGUUCAUGUGGAGCGAGGACGAGGACGACGACAUCAUGCCGGCGCCCAAGGGACCCCCGCCACAAAAGAUCCUGCCCGAAGGAUACCUUGGAAGCACUAGUGGUCGCGGCAGUGGCGAAAUCAACAACGACGAGGGCAUCUUUGAAUGCGAGAUGCAGAUCGACGAAUACCUCCAGCAGCCACCCACACGACUCAGCACUCCGAGCAAUCAGGACCGCAAACGUGCCCGUCCCAGAAGCACUCCCGAGGAGCUCGCUUUUCAGAGGAUGUGGGGCAAGAGGAUCGUCGAGGAGAUGCCUGCUCUCUGUCGCGAAAGUGAAUUGGAGGGCGGACUUGGCCGGCUGAUGGGAAGAAGAAUGUCGGCCGCGUACUAGAGCGGGAGACAGGAUUAUUGUAAAUACUGGAGGAGGGUAUGAUGCAGAUGCACGGAUUCUCGUCUAUCGAGA